GGCACUUCGCGGGGGCCAUGGAGGGCUCCACCGGCUUUGGGAUCGACUCCAUCCUCUCCCACCGAGCCGGCAGCCCGGCCGUGCCCAAAGGGGACCCGCUGGUGGGCGACGGCCGGUCCCCGCUGGAGCUGAGCCCCCGCUCGGAGGGCAGCAGUGGGUGUCCCUCACCCCGUUCACCGGGCCGCGAGUGCCUGGAGGCGGCGGGGCCGCGGCCGGGCCUGGAUGCGCACCUCCAGCCGGGGCAGGUCUCGGCUCCCUCCCAGUCCCGGACCGUCACCUCCUCCUUCCUCAUCAGAGACAUCCUGGCAGACUGCAAGCCCCUGGCCGCCUGCGCCCCUUACUCCAGCACCAAUGGACCUCACGGCGGGCAGGAGCCGGCGGGCAGGAUCCCCACCAAACCCGGCGAGGACUUUAGGGAGAAAAUGGAAAAAAAUACCAGCAGCUCUUCGUCGGACUCGGAGUACAAAGUGAAAGAAGAAGGAGACCGAGAGAUCUCCAGCUCCCGGGACAGUCCCCCGGUGCGGCUGAAAAAGCCGCGCAAAGCCCGCACCGCCUUCACCGACCAUCAGCUGGCUCAACUGGAGCGCAGCUUCGAGAGGCAAAAAUACCUGAGCGUGCAGGACAGGAUGGAGCUGGCCGCGUCCCUCAACCUCACCGACACGCAGGUGAAAACGUGGUACCAGAACAGAAGGACCAAGUGGAAAAGGCAGACGGCGGUGGGCCUGGAGCUGCUGGCCGAGGCUGGCAACUACUCAGCCCUGCAGAGGAUGUUCCCCUCGCCCUACUUCUACCCGCAGAGUUUGGUCUCCAACCUGGACCCCGGCGCCGCUCUCUACCUGUACCGGGGACCCAGCGCUCCUCCCCCCGCCCUACAGAGACCCUUGGUGCCCCGCAUUCUUAUCCACGGACUGCAGGGAGGUAGCGAGCCCCCGCCGCCCCUGCCCCCGCUGCCCGGUGUCCUGCCCCGAGCUGCUCAGCCCCGGUGAGCUCCGGCCUCCCAGGCAGCCCCCACCGGCACCCACCGGGCUUCAGGGGGGUGAGGUAGGGCGGCUGUAGGGAGCCAUCCCAGCUCUGGGGCUGCUAGCAAGCGACAGCCUCCCGCUCAUCCCCAAAUAUAUAUAUAAAUAUAUAU